AUGAGCAACUACACAUUCUUCACGCACAGACUCAAGCGACUUAGUGAUCCCGAUAAGACUCCUGUUGUUCUUGUAGCUUGUGGCUCCUUCUCCCCUAUCACUUAUGCACACAUGCGAAUGUUCGAAAUGGCGCAAGAUUAUGUACGUCAGGAGACCGAUUUUGAGGUCGUUGGUGGUUACAUGUCGCCUGUCGGGGACGGCUACAAGAAGCCUGGUCUGCUCAAUGCUUCCCGACGAGUCGAGAUGUGUAGACUCGCUUGCGACCAGACCAGCAGGUGGUUGAUGGUGGACGAUUGGGAAGCGCUGCAAACGGAGUACCAACGCACAGCUCUUGUGCUUGACCACUUUGACCAUGAAAUUAACACAGUAAGGGGGGGAGUGGAUGACAUGGAGGGAGUGAAACAUCAAGUUCGAGUCAUGCUGCUCGCAGGGUCCGACCUAAUUCACACAAUGUCCGAGCCCGGCGUCUGGUCACCUGCAGACCUUGAACAUAUUCUUGGACGCUAUGGGUGUUUCAUCAUUGAACGAGCUGGUUCCGACGUCGACGAAGCUCUCGAAUCUCUGAGCGCAUGGCAUGACAACAUCUAUGUGAUUCGCCAGAUGAUUCAGAACGAUGUUUCCUCCACCAAAAUCCGCCUCUUCCUACGCCGUGGAAUGAGUAUCCAGUACCUACUGCCGGCCAGUGUGAUCGAGUAUAUCGAACAGAAUCGACUUUAUCUCGACGAGAACCAUCCUGGCCCGCUGCCCGCAAGUGCCCCCGAUAAGGAGAGGAAUGGCGAGAGGUCAUCAUCCAAGUUAUCACCAUCCACGUCGUCGUCACGGCCGCGUGCGCGCAGGGAGAGUGCUAGUGGGCUGUGA